AUGGCUCUGCUGUGGCUGCUGGGCUGCCUGGCGCUGGCGGGCUCUGCCCGCGCCGCCGACYCCCUGCCCAAGGCGGCCUGCGGCGUGCCCGCCAUCGCGCCCGUCAUCCGCGGCUACAGCCGCAUCGUCAACGGGGAGCCGGCGGUGCCCGGCUCGUGGCCCUGGCAGGUCUCCCUGCAGCACAGCGACGGCUUCCACUUCUGCGGCGGGUCGCUCAUCAGCGAGAACUGGGUGGUCACCGCUGCCCACUGCAGCGUCAAGACCACCGACAAAGUGGUGCUGGGCGAGUACGACCAGGCGUCGCCCUCUGAGGACGUGCAGGUCAUGACCAUCGAGAAGGUCUUCAAGAACCCUAAGUUCAACAUGCUGACGAUCCGCAACGACAUCACGCUGCUCAAACUGGCGUCGCCGGCGCGCCUCUCCAGCCGCGUGUCGCCCGUGUGCCUGCCCGAGGCCUCCGACGACUUCCCCGGCGGCCUCACGUGCGUCACCACGGGCUGGGGCCUCACGGACCCCAAGGGUAAGGGACCCUGCGGUGCCGGCGACUCCGGCGGCCCGCUGGUCUGCCAGAAGGACGGCGCCUGGACCCUGGUGGGCAUCGUGUCGUGGGGCAGCAGCAACUGCUCGCCCUCCGUGCCCGCCGUCUACGCCCGCGUCACCGAGCUGCGCUCCUGGAUCGACUCCAUCCUGGCGGCCAACUGAGGCCGGCCAUGAACAAUAAACGC